AAUAGCUUUCCUUCCAAAAGUCUCAUUCCAUCAUUCAUGAAUGCAGGGCCUCAGUAAAUAACAGGCCCUUCCUAUCGAUCUCUGCAGAGAGAGUAAGAGGUGACUGAUAGACCGUCGUUUUAAUGCCUAUAAAUACUCAUCUCUCCAAAACCCAUCCCCUUCUAUUCUCUGCAUCACUCUACUGUAGCCCCCUCCAAAACAAGAAAAAGUAAAGUAGAGAGAAAUUCUCACCCCUCUUUUUGAUAUUUUACCCCACAACUUUCCCUUCUCAGUUUAUCCGCUGAUACAAGGAGAGAUGGGCCGUGGAAAGAUCGAGAUCAAGAGGAUCGAGAACACGACUAACCGACAGGUUACCUUCUGCAAGCGCCGCAACGGCCUCCUCAAGAAGGCCUACGAAUUGUCUGUUCUUUGUGAUGCUGAGGUAGCCCUCAUCGUCUUCUCCAGCCGUGGUCGCCUCUUUGAAUAUGCCAACAACAGUAGGCAUCUCCAAUUGGAGCUACUCUUCGGCUACUUCAGUGUUAAGACAACGAUUGAUAGGUACAAGAAGGCAUGUGCGGAUACCUUGAACACUGGAUCUGUUGCUGAAGCCAAUUCUCAGUAUUACCAACAAGAAGCAGGAAAACUGCGCCAGCAAAUCGUGAUUUUACAGAAUGCAAACAGGCAUUUGAUGGGUGAGGCCCUUAGUGCCAUGAGUGUUAAGGAGCUCAAGCAGCUGGAGAAUAGAUUGGAGAAAGGCAUUAGCAGAAUAAGAUCUAAAAAGAAUGAACUGCUGUUUGCAGAAAUAGAGUAUAUGCAGAAGAGGGAGAUUGACUUGCAAAAUGAUAAUAUGUAUCUCCGGGCUAAGAUAGCUGAAAACGAGAGAGCCCAACAACACAUGAACAUGUUGCCAGGACAUGACUAUGAAGUCAUGCCCGGAUUUGACUCUCGGAACUUCCUACACGUGAAUGUAUUGGAAGCUAAUCACCAUUACUCUCACCAGGAGCAAACAGCCCUCCAACUAGGAUGAGAUGUUGAAAGGAUGGAAGUUCUCAGUAGCUUUCUUACAGAUUUGGAUUCUUGGCAUCUUCAAAUCAAAAUGAAAGGUAGAGGCAUUGACUAGUGUUGAGAAAACUAAAUCCAAGGGGUCGAAACGCAGAAGUUAGAGCCUUCGCAUCCUCUUCUCUCUUGAUAUAUGUAGAUGGUCCGAUAAGACUCAUAACUUCGUCUUUUGUUUUUGUUAGAGAACGGUUCAUUUCCAUGAAUGUAUGUUGUACCUUACCUAUAUAUAUAUAUAUAUCCCUUUUUAUUUCAUCUCUCCCGUGUAUGAAGUUGAAGCCCGUGCUUGUAAAGGAGUUUACACACAUGGGUGCUCAAUGCAAGUUUUUUUUCGUCGGAAACAC